UAUGAUGGGUGUGCUUUCUGGGGAGGGAAUGAUGGGGCUGGAAGGAGGUAUGUUGGAUGAUAUGAAGCUUGACUUUUAAGGGCGCUCUACACCUUCUCGCGGUGACCAUCUACUCCCCAGAUAUUAAAAGGGGGGUUCAUUUGCAUGGCUACAUCAUCCUUCCUGACUCUGACUCUGCACCUGGUUUGCUACAUGGAAAUGAGACGUCAGUCCUAGAAUCAACUUCCUCCGUUCGCUUCCUGGAAUCUUUCAUGAAAUGUCGACAAACGUUUGGAUCUUCGGACCAUGUGUUCCUCUCGAGGGUUUGACCCUUGCGUUGUUAAAGUUCAUUCAAUACUUUACACCUCACCUUACUCCGCAAUCGGCAUUCCGGACGUCAACACAUUCCUGGACAUAACUGAUACAGCCAGCACUUGCAGACCAAACAUGGCACACAGGGGGAUCGACGGCUCCACCAAUAAUUUGAAAUUUGGGGAUAAGCAACCGGAUCGCUCGUUGCAGGGCUAGAAUUGGAUUCGACGAGAGAAUUUAGACUUCAACUUCAACUUCACCUUCUUAGAAGAGAAACUUGCAGUUUUAACCUGCAUAAGCUGCGUCUAAGUUACAGUUCUUGGCGCUUACCUUCCUCGCUGAACCUAUGUGGCUCAAUGUCGCCAACACGUGUUUCGGUCCCACGUGCUCAUCACUGUCCCACGUGCAUUAUCAUAACGCUCUACGAGGACAUGUAAACCUCAUUGUUCAACUUGGAAAACAUUUCUUUUGCUGGAUAUAAUCUAGAGUCGGACUUUGAGAGAUCAUUUCCUCGUUUGUUAUGGCGCGUCUGAGAUGUCUCAACUUGACAGAACACUACAUAUAGUGCUUUGAUUUCCACAAGAUGUUCUCACGCGAUAUCCUCAAAUUUCACGAGCUCUUCCAAGUAGCAUAAUCAAGAAACCAUGGCAUCCAUUAUGAAAUUUUCUUCGCGCGGCCUUUUCGCCGCUGCUGCGGUAUCUCUGGCUGCAGCCUCGCUGGCGUCUGCUGCGGCCAACAUGGUACCAAACUACGAGGUCAAGCUCUUGAUGAACCCAGCUGUGGUGCUUGGAUCAGACUUUAAACUCAAAUCAGAGGUUCUCUCUGCUUUUGCGAUGCCAACGACCGUUACCAAGAUGAGCGUACAGUUCCUUGACGAUGACGCCCAGACGCUCUACAACGCUGGCUGGAGUCCACGUAUCCGCAAUAUGGAGGGCGAGUCUGACUACGACUUGACCUACAAGAAGAGAUAUGCUGUCUCCGGGAACGACAUUAACGGCGCACUCACCAAAGCCAACUCUGAGGGGUUUGAUGCCAACACCUCCAAGUACGAGGCUCAAAUCGAGUGGGGCUAUCAGAAGAAGACCCUCUCUCUCAGCAACGACAAGACCGCCUCAGGUGCCAGCGGAAUGGACCUCCCUAAUGUGGGAGACUCCCGGACCAUUCUCAUCAAUAAUGCGCCAGACAAGUUCAACGACUGGACAUCUGACAACUGGGGCACGACUGAGCUGAAGACGUCUCGUAUCUACGGUCCUGUGCUGGCAAAGCGCUCUACUGGCAUCUUCAGCGGCGUAAAGCUGUACGUUGAGGUGUGGCCAAUUAAGGCCGCAUCAGGUUCGGGAAUUGAGUACAUUGUUGAGGCGUCGUUCAAGACCGACACCAGCAGUGACGCGUCAACAAAGCAAAGUCAACUUAUGAACUUGCUUCAGACCAAGGGGUGGUUCCUUGCUCAGGACUCCUUGAAGACGCAGCUUAUCAUGGAACGGUACUAAAUAUUUAUCGAGCCUUUGAAUAGAAUAGAAUAUACAUCAAAAUUGCAGAAAGCAGGUUAGGAGCAGCGUGUGAAGUGGGUAAACACAUAAUUUUAUAAU